GCCUUUCAGUCGUGACUCGCAGAGAUAAAUGAUAGUUUGGAGGUGCGCGCAGUUAAUCAACGCUACGGCUGCCUUACAGCGCUGUGCAACCCGCAGAUCAUUAGGUUAAAUGGAGGACAUUCGUGUCCUUCCAGAAUCAAUGCAAUUAUUGUUGGCAACAAGGACAACAAUUGGAGUGGCAGCACUGAUUUUACUAACCUGCUAUUAAUUAUGGUGUCCCCCACGCCCCAGACGGCGUUUAUAACCCGCGGAAGCAAGCGGUGCUUGCUGCUUCUGUUUUAAAACGGGAAAAGUUGGAAGUGGAGUGCCUGGUCGUGUUGGAAAGUGUUAAUCAGUAGGAAAGAGUGUGAUCAGUGGAGCUAUUCACUUAAACGUCACUCUGGUACAGGGGGUUAGUGAAGUGAUUGUGGCGCCUGGGGACCGAAGGCACUGUGCCGCUCCGCUCAGGUAUCACACUGAGAAAUGUCUGCGUUAGUUCUCCGUAGCUCCCUGCAAAGUCAGCCAGCGCAGACGAGAGGAGAGAAGCCCUGCCAUGGCACAGCCAUCACUACGAGGUUGUAGCCGAAGCCUGGCGUGAUCGCAGCAUCCAGGGACCUGUGGUUACCAAUCAAUUGGUACAACAGAGCAGAGCCAGGCUGCAAUAGCGUGCAGAUCAGACGUCUCGCCUUGUUUCUAGAUAACUGGGAGCCUCUGUACCAUGUCAUAUCCUCAGUUUGGCUACCCUUACUCCUCUGCACCCCAGUUCCUGAUGAGCACCAACUCCCUGACGACCUGCUGCGAGUCCAGCGGACGGACGCUGGCUGAGACGGGGGCGGCCGCCUCCGCCCAGACCCCCGUCUAUUGCCCGGUGUACGAGAGCCGCCUGCUCGCCACCGCCCGACACGAGCUCAACUCCGCCGCCGCCCUGGGGGUCUACGGCGGCCCCUACGCCGGGCCCCAGGGCUAUGGAAACUACGUGACCUACGGCACCGAGGCCCCCGCCUUCUACUCCUUGAACAGUUUGGAGGCGAAGGACGGGAGCGGGUCUGCGCAUGCGGGCAUCGCCCCGGCGGCUGCCUACUACCCCUACGAUCACACCCUCAGCCAGUACCAGUACGACAGGUACGGCACGAUGGACGGUGGGACGCGGAGGAAAAACGCCACUCGGGAGACAACCAGCACGCUGAAGGCCUGGCUCCAGGAGCACCGCAAGAACCCCUACCCCACCAAGGGCGAGAAGAUCAUGCUGGCCAUCAUCACCAAGAUGACCCUCACCCAGGUCUCCACCUGGUUCGCCAACGCCCGCCGGCGGCUCAAGAAGGAGAACAAGAUGACCUGGCCGCCGCGGAACAAGUGCUCGGACGAGAAGCGGCCCUACGAGGAAGAGGAGGAGGAGGAGGGUUCGCAGGAAGAGGCGAUGAAGAGCGGGAAAGCCGAGGAGCCCACGGGCAAGGAGGAGAAGGAGCUGGAGCUCAGCGACCUGGAGGACUUGGACGCCGCCGAGUCGGAGAGCUCGGAGUGCGAGCUGAGGCGGCCCUUCCCGCACCCGCUCCCGCACCCGCACCCAGGCGGCAGCCACCCGCCGCGGGCCGCCGAGCCCCCAGUCAAGAUGCCGCCGCCGCCGGCCGCCGCCGGGGAGGAGGAGGAGGAGGAGGUGGCGGCGGCGGAGCGGGCGCGGAGCUGCCUGAAGACGGCGGCGGCGGAGUGCGGCCCCGACCUGCUCGGCGCCCGGCAGCGCGGCUGCGAGUCCAAAAUGUGCUUCCAGCAGGGGCAGCAGCUGCUGGAGGCGAAGCCCAGGAUCUGGUCCCUGGCGCACACCGCCACCUCCCUCAACCAGGCCGAGUACCCCUCCUGCAUGCUGAAACGGCAGGGGGGCUCGGCCGCCGCCGCCGUCUCCGCCCCGGUCAGUGUCAUCGACAGGCACCAGGAUUCGCCGGUCACCAACCUCAGGAACUGGGUGGACGGGGUGUUUCACGACCCCCUGUUCAGACACAGUACUUUGAACCAAGCCCUGAGCAACACGACAGUUUCCUGGGCUACCACCAAAGGAGCCAUUCUGGAAACGGGCGCCUUGGGGCGCGCGGUGGGGAACGGCGCCAACGUGCUCAAGGGGCAGCUCUCAAACUUGGCCCACCAUGACUCAAACAAAGAGUUUCUGGCGUUUCCCAAAUCAGGAAGCAAAAUGUUUUGUUCCUAACAGGCCCUCCGAGGGGCGAAGGACGUUCUAACGCUCAAGAGUCAGCUACACUGAAAAGAGACUUGCAGGAGUUUAAAUUUAAAUAUAAAACUUUUUUUUUUUUUUUUUAAGCAAAACAACAGAAACGAGGAUUUAAAGUUCAGUUUGCUCAGUUCAACGGACAGACUUUGCUCAUGGCUGUUCUGAAGAAUUUCUCCUGGCUGCGACUUUAAGGGAUCAAUGUCUUGAAAGUUAUUUAAUUCCAUGUCCAAAAAGCACGUACUAUAGCGUAGACAUACUUAAAAAGUUUACAUCUGAAAGUUUACAAACGGGAAAUUUUAGUUCAGAUUUAAUUUAAGGCAUGCCGAUAUUAGUUAUAAAGACUUCUCGAGAGUUUUUCCUCCUGAUUUCCUUGUUAGCAUAUAAUUCACAAACAGCACUUCUACUAAGUUUACACCUACUGCACAAAUUUAUCUUGACAAAAAUAUGUUAAAAGGUAUGUUUCACUCCAAUAAAUUGUCUGUUUCAGAGGUAA